CACUGUUCGUACUGGUUUUAAGUGUUUUUCUUUGUUUUUAUCACGAAAUCCUGCUCUUCGGCGAGCAAAAAAAAGUGCUUUAAAAAUUAAAACCAGCAGCCGUUUUUAUAUCUGUGUCGAGCACAUGUGUUAUACAGCCAUAAAUUAAGUUUGCAGCCAGAGCUGAAAAGCCGAUUAUCUAACGAAAAAUUAUCGAUGUAUUAACGAUUCGAAGUUCGAACGCAAGCAAAGCAACCCCAAGUGAUUAAGUCAGCCAGCAAGGCAAGUCGGCUUUCGUAAAUUAUCUGUCCGGACCAACUACUGCUCAAAAUCUAUUCCCCCUUCUCUUGCCCCCUUGACAAUAGAGAUAACUUAUUUUUCUAAAUAGAACCAUAAAACCUUUCGGCUAGGAUUGUUCGACAGACCGUUUUGCCUUGCAGCACCCCGCCCCACCAACCGCUGUCGGCCUUGCAACAUCAAAUUUGCGACGCAAAAACAAAACACACACACACCGAUACACCGCCCGCACACCAGCUGUUUUGUUAUCGAGUUAUCGAUCACACACAUGAGCGACAGUGACCGCGAGGAAAAAGAGGAAGAGCGAUAAACGAAAAAAGACCAGAAACGGAAUAUAAAAGGUCCGGGCGGGCGGAAAGAUGUCUGUGAGACUGUUGACCGUGCGACUGAUCAAACAUGGUCGCUACAUUUUGCGCAGCUACUGUAAACGUGACAUACACGCCAACAUUUUGGACCAAAACCAAGUGAGGACAAGAAGCAAGCGAGGCUUUCCCCUACCCUCCAGCGCCGCCAAUGUCGUGCGGACCGCUGCACAGCCGUCGGCAGCAAAGUCAGCGCCCAAUCCGGCCACUGUCACGCCCAUUGCUCCGCUGCAGAACAGCAAUGGCCUGUUCCGCGUCGGCCAGCAUGCACGAAAACUCUUCAUCGACAACAUCCUCAGCCGGGUUACCACCCAGUACUCGGAGGAGCUGCGCCAGCGAGCCACACGCAGGCUCUUCUUCGGCGACUCAGCUCCAUUCUUUGCCUUGGUUGGCGUCAGCCUGGCCUCUGGCACGGGGGUGCUGAGCAAAGAGGAUGAGCUGGAGGGCGUGUGCUGGGAGAUACGCGAGGCGGCCAGUCGCCUGCAGAGCGCCUGGAAUCGUGAUGGGAUCUCCGAGAACCUGGACAGUAAGUUUACCAUUGAUAACUUGGAUGUUGGGCCGGCCAUAGCCAAGGGAUGUGCGGCGGUUGUCUACGCGGCCAACUUUAAGAAGGAGGAUGCCUCAGCGAACCUUGAUGCGAAGGCACUUGAGUCUACACUGGAUCCUGCUGCCCCCUUGCCGGUGCCAGCCAUGGCCCCCAAUAGCUGGACUACCAGGGAGAUGAUGUCGCCUCUGCAGAACAUGUCCCGCUUCGUGCACAACUUUGGCGGCUCCGUGGACAACAUAUUUCAAUAUAGCCAGCCCUCGGCGGCGAGUGACUUUGUGGGCGAACUGGAGAAGCAGCAAGAGGAACAGCAGCAGCAGCAGCCAGCGCAUAAUCUCUUGGCGGAGGCAAGACUUAAUCCCUCCACGGAUAACUAUCCGCUGGCCCUGAAGAUGAUGUUCAACUAUGACAUCCAGAGCAACGCCCUGUCCAUACUCCGAGCCAUGUACAAGGAGACGGUGCCAGCACGUCAACGUCGCAUGAAUCCUGCUGCCGAGGAGUGGGAGCGUCUCUUGCAGAACCAAACCCUAACCCUGCCGCCGCAUCCGAACAUUGUCUGCAUGUUCGGUUUCUUUUGCGACGAGGUAGGCAACUUUCCUGAUGGAAAUGUCCUGUAUCCGGUGGCCCAGCCCCAGAGGAUCAAUCCGCACGGCUAUGGACGAAACAUGUCGCUGUAUCUGCUGAUGAAACGCUACGAUCACAGCCUGCGCGGCCUCCUCGACACCCAGGAGCUGAGCACCCGCACCCGGAUUCUUUUACUAGCUCAGAUGCUUGAGGCCGUCACCCAUUUGAGCCGUCAUGGCGUCGCCCAUCGUGAUCUCAAGUCGGACAAUGUACUGAUCGAUCUACAAGACGAUGCCUCCGCCGUACUGGUGCUCUCCGAUUUCGGCUGCUGCCUGGCGGACAAAAUCCACGGCCUGCGUCUGCCCUAUGUCUCCCACGACAUUGACAAGGGCGGGAAUGCAGCGUUGAUGGCGCCGGAGAUUAUCAACAUGGUCCCCGGCCCCUUUGCCGUGCUCAACUACGACAAGGCGGAUUUGUGGGCAUGCGGAGCCCUGGCCUACGAGAUCUUUGGCAGCCGCAAUCCCUUCUAUUCGAACAGCGGUGGCCUUGCCCUGGAGCGCGGAGAGCUGACCCAUUCGCUGCGUAACAGCGACUAUCGGCCGGAGCAGCUGCCGCCGAUGAGCGAUGCGUGCCCGCCACUGCUGCAGCAGCUGGUGUACAACAUCCUCAAUCCCAAUCCAUCCCGAAGGGUCAGUCCGGACAUAGCGGCUAAUGUGGUGCAGCUGUUCCUCUGGGCCCCCUCCAAGUGGCUCAAGGCGGGCGGCAUGCCCAACAGCUCCGAGAUCCUCCAGUGGCUCCUUUCGCUGACCACCAAGCUGAUGUGCGAGGGACGUCCUCAGCUUGACGGAGCAUCACCAGUGUCUGCUAGCGGCAGGCGCGCCUACGUUGAAUACCUUCUAAUCUGCAGUUUCUUGGCACGCGCCCGUCUGCGUCGCAUUCGCGGCGCCCUCAACUGGAUCCAGAACGCUGUCGCGUUGUAGGUGGAGAUGCAUCCAGUCAUCUACUUGUUACUCUGAGAAAAUCAAAUGAAAACGCGUGUGAUACCAAUAUAUUUUACAUAUGUAUUUAUAAAACAAUUCAAAAUUAUCCGUGGAAUUUAGUCGUGAAAUUUACUCAGCUGCCGCCGCAGCUCGUUUAGUUGAUUUAGUUCGUUCAGAAGCAACUGCUCUUCAUGGAGCUCAUCCGCCAAAUCGGUAACUAACUGCUGGCAGCGCUCGGUAACAGCUUCAGCCUCCAAGGACGUCUGCUCAACAUUCGCCAUGGAGGUCUCAGAUAAUUUUUUAAUAUUGUUGUUCAUCUCCUGAAGGAUCUGCAGCUUCGAAUCCAGGAAUUCAACAUGCGUAUGCAUUGCAGAGUUGGGUAUUUGAUUCUCUACUUAAAUUCGUCAAUGCCUCUUAUGGUAUUGUGUUUGAUUUAUUAAAUUAAUGCCCAAGAAUUAAAA